AUGACUUCUGUUCCGAAACCAGAUAAUGUCACUUUCUUGUCCCGCCAGUUCAAACUGGCAGCGCAUCUUUACCACCCAGUUCCAAACUCACCCGACCGCUCUGGUGCUGCUAUUAUUAUAGCCCAUCCUUGGACCUCAAUUAAAGAGCAAUCACCUGCCAACUACGCGCGGGUGCUUUCCAAAGCUGGUUUCACGUGUCUCGCCUAUGACGCUGCAUACCAGGGAGAAUCCGAAGGCGAGCCUCGCUCACUUGAGGACCCUGCUCAGCGCGUUGAAGACAUAAAAGCAGCUGUUACAUACCUUAUCAGCCGGAAGGAUGUAGACUCGAGCAAUAUUGGUGUGCUGGGAAUCUGUGCUUCUGGGGGAUAUGCACCCUAUGCAGCACAAACAGACCUACGCAUCAAGGCUUGUGCCACCGUUGCUGCCGUUUGCGCCGGCACGAUGGCGCGUAGAGGAUACGACAAGGACACAUCUAACAUUGAUAUCCUCAAAACACAACUUGAAGCCGCGGGCAGAGAUCGCAAUAGCGACGUUACCGGAGAGUCGGUUCCUAUAGUUCAUAUGCUCCCCGAGAAAUUGGAAGAUGCACCGUCCAACUUUCCAGAGUCAUUCCGUGAUUUGGCUGGCUACUAUCGGACACCAAGAGCCCAGCACCCACGUGCAACCAACACUUGUCUGCCGAGGAGCUGGGACCUAAUGGGAAAUUUUGAUGCGUUUGCUUUCAAUAGCAUGAUCAGCCCUCGUCCGCUGCUGAUGAUUACCGGAACCAAAGCAGCAACGAAGUGGUUCAGUGAGGAUGGAAUCGAAAUGGCAAAGGAACCAAAGGAACUUUUCGUUAUUGACGGGCUCACUCAUGCGGACUUGUACGAUCAUGUUGAUGAAUCUGGACCUAAGGUUGUAGAGUUCUUCGGCAAAGCCUUUGCCUAA